AUUUCCAAAGCAAAGCUCCUGUCGCCUCCUCUUGCUGUCCGCCAUUGCACUCAACGUGUUUCUUUCCACUGAUCGCUGUUAACCAAGACAUCAAUCAACAUGCAGAACGACGCCGGAGAAAACGUUGAUUUGUACAUCCCUCGUAAAUGUUCUGCAAGUAACAGAAUCAUUCAUGCUAAAGAUCAUGCUUCAAUCCAAAUCAAUGUUGCCGACGUAGAUGAGAAGACUGGCAUGGCUCUACCCACCUUCAAGACCUAUGCCAUCUGUGGUUCUAUUCGCCGAAUGGGAGAAUCAGAUGACUGCAUUAACCGACUAGCCAAGAAGGAUGGAGUUCUUGCCAAGAAUUUCUAAAUUUUUGAUUGUCAAGUUCUGGAUGGGUUGAAUGAAAAUACAUUUUUUCUACCCAAA